AUGGAGGUGAAAAAGCAAGAAAAACCUGGAAGCUUGUCGCCGAAUAAACCAGCGUCAAAAAGAGAGAGCGACGAUGACAAAUGUUCCAGGUCAAACAGUAAGUCUGAAAAGGAACUCAAAUUACCACCUGAAAAGUCACCAAGCGAAGAUGGGAGCGUAAAAAGAGAAAGGCGUGCAUCAAAGGCCAGUGAUAGUUCAAAGGAUACAUUUGAAAGGCAGGAUUCAAAAACGAUAUCCUUGUCAAGUCCAAAAGUAUCUCGAAAAUAUUUCACUAAUUGGAAGCAAGCCUGUGACAAAACUAAAGAUAAAACCAAGGAACUACUCAAACGAUGGAGAACAUUACCAGAGGCUGAAGGAUCGGAGGGACACAUGCAAGAAGCUGGUCACAGUGAAGAGGAAAAACAUCACGGAUGGAGUGUACAUGUUUGGACAACGUGGGUAAACCGAUGCAGUGAAGACCUAGGAUGCCUAGAUCUGGAGGAUGAACAACCGUUGGCCCAAUUAAGUUCAGUACAAACUGAUAAGAUGACACUCUUUUUCACUGAGCUUCUAGACCAUGAUCGUGACGAUGUCAUUUGUGACCAGGACUUUGAUAAUUUUUUUGAGAAGCUCGCGCAUUUCGCCGAUUGGUCAAAUAACUCAUCCGAAUUCCACAUUCUGUUGGAGGUGAAGCAAGAAUUUAUCGAAUAUUUCAUCAGCCCGUUACCUACAAAGUGGGGUGAACUGCCGUAUUAUAAAAGAGUAUGCGGACCCGAAGCUGGUGGAAUACCUGGCAGAACUACAUUAGAAGGCUGGCUGGCACGGUGGGCGCUACACCUCAGCGAAAUGAAGAGAUUUACUGACCUGCCUUUGUAUUUGCAAUACCUUUGCAAAAUUUUGUUUCACGUCGUAGACAGAACUAGUACGGGUGAAAUUACAAAACCGGCACUUGCAGCUUUCUAUCGUUCAGUAAUUGGAUUAACAGCAACUCGAGUAGACGAGAUCAUUGACACUGCAUAUGACCGUAUGACUAGCAACGGCUAUCUUAUUUUAGACUACGGUACAUACGUUCACUGCUUUACUAACUGGCUGAUGGGGAAGAAUCCAAACGGCCCAGGUCAAUGGGUUUUGGUACCACCGAAGGACUCUCUACCACAACCUCCGUUCCCUGUAGAUUACAGCGCGCUGAACACAGAACCUGCUAAGUUAGAACCCUACGUACCAGACAAGAAAACAAACAGGCAUUCUGUUAUAGUUUAA